AAAGGCAGGGCCAGAUUAAAAACCAGUGCAAACUUCCUGCUAACCCACAGCAGGCGCAUGAGCAUCGCCGUAGCAGCUGUCUGAGAAGAAGGACUCCUGGUUUUAUCUCUGACAUCAUCAUCAUGAGAUUGUCUCCAGUUUCACAACAUCUGCUGGUGUUCAUAUCUGUCCUGUCACUCGAAAUCAUCACAUGGACAAACAGCGCAGUGUCAGCAUUAUUCUACCCAUUUGGCUCAGCCGCUGGAGACACAAUAAAUGCUGCUGUUGAUGAUGGAAGCUCCUCUGUUAUUCAGCUGUUGAGUCCAUUUCUGUUCUUUGACCGCACAUACCAGCAGAUUUAUGUUAAUAAUAAUGGACACCUCACAUUCAACGAGCCUUCAUCAGCAUAUGUUCCCUACUCAUUCCCCGCUAGAGGAAGCCAAGAUAUAAUUGCUGGUCUCUGGACUGAUCUUGACAACGGCAUGAGAGGUGUAGUUUCAUAUAAUCAGUACACCAGUGGAAAUGUUCUCACACGCGCCACUCAGGAUAUAAACACACAUUUCCCAAAUCUGUACUUCACUGCCUCUUGGGUGUUUGUUGCAACGUGGGAUAAAGUCGCUUACUACAGCUUAAAUAACACAGAAACAUCGUUUCAAGUGGUUUUAAUUUCAGGCCGUAAUUUUUCAUUUAUUCUGAUGAAUUAUGGUGACAUUGCUGUAACUAGACAUCUGGUGCAGGCUGGUUAUGACACAGUAAGCUCCACACACUACUUUGUGAUUCCUGGAUCAAACAAUGGGAGCUCCAUCUCAAACCUCAGGAACUCCAGUAAUGUUAAUGUUCCCGGUCGAUGGGCCUUCAGGGUGGACGGUGGACCAGGAAACAGCAAAAACAAUGUCAUUGGAUUUCGAGUGAGACUUUCCUCAUUUUUAGACCUGACAGAGAGCACUGAAAUAGUUUUACAGCAAAUAAAGCAGGAGCUGGUCAAGUACGGUCUGCCAAACAACAUUGAACUGAAGUUUAGAAAACUGCAAAAGACAAAGCCGUAAUUUCAUUUUCCAUCAGGAAAAGAAGUAAAAAGUUUGUUUAACAUUUGACACAUAUCCCUGACGACUGAUGAUGUAAUAGCUUCAGUUUUUCAUUAAGGUGGUUUACAAAGGAUUGCAAAAGACUCUAACCAGCAUAAAAGUUUCAUAGAAGAGGUCCAAUGGAUUGGUAUAAAUCAUGUUGUGUGUAUCAAAUGUCAGCUGCAUAAGUUUAAACUAACCAGAGUUUUACUGAAAGUUUUUCUCAUUCGCCUUCAUUAGAACUAUAUCUUAUAAGGAUACAAACACUUGUCUAGGAUAAUGUACAGUAUAGUUUGAAUGUAUGUUGCUUUGAAUAAAAGUGUCUCCCAAAUGGA